AUGGCUGAACAAUCAGAUACUGACGAUGGUUGUAUCGCAUGUGGCUGGACAACUUUCAAGCAAAAUCGGUGCCACUAUUCGAGCCAUGUGAAACUCUUCUACGGUGCAUCACAGCGCGGUGUCUGGUCAAUCGGUUCUGAUGUGAUCCUCAAAGAUCGCCCGGAUGAAGGUGCAAAAGCAAGAAUCGAAGCAAAGACACUAGAAUUUCUUGCAGAAGCUACUGCUACUGAUACCAACAUUAAUAUCCCCACUCCAAAACUGAUACGUGACUGGGUGGAUCGCGAUGGGCGAUACUUUACUCUGACCGAACGUAUACCCGGCCAAACACUCGAGCAAGCGUGGCCAUCAUUAUCAGAAUCCCAAAAGAUUUCUAUUGCGGAUCAGGUCGUCCAAGUUCGCAAACAGCUUCGAUCCAAUUUCAUCUCAACUACUAUACAAAGCGUCGACCAAGGCCCUUGUUAUCCAGGCUUGCUGUUUCUGGAUAUGCAACCAUACGGACCAUUUCACUCCGACCAGGAGCUUUGGGAUGCCCUUGCCAUAGCUUAUGACAAUCUCCCUCCACAUGUCUUCACGAACUUGAAAAAGCGCUUUCCGAAAAGUGAGCCUUUUGUGCUCUCUCAUUGUGACCUUAACUUAGGCAAUAUCAUGAUUCGGGAUGGACAAGUUGUGGGUAUACUUGAUUGGGAGUAUGCUGCUUAUCUCCCUGUCUGGUAUGAGUAUAUCUCGGCGUCUUUCGCAUUCACAGAAAUGGAUGUGGAAUGGAAGAAGGUCCUUCGAGAGCGUCUAGGUGUACAUGGUGAUGCAUAUGACGAUGCAAGGGCUCUUUGGAAGGACCUAAUCAGUCUGAAACAAUAUCCUAAUCUAGAUGAGAAGGGUAAAGAAGCUCUUGAGAGGCUAACUUCAGCUUAG